AUGAAUAAUGCAAACCUGAAUGCGCCAAGUGAUGAAAGCGUCCGACAAAUUAUCCAAAGCGUAAAAAAUGCCACCACUGACUAUCAAUCACGCUUUCUGAACACUCCAAAAAAGAUCUGUUGCGUUCGUGUCCCUCGAUCUGCAUUCAAUGGAGAUUUAUUGAAGGAACUAGACACAGGUACAUCUUGUAAUUUAUGUUAAGUCAUUUUUUGCGAAGAACCACAUAAAUAGGUCAGCAGUGCUCACAUGUGAUAAGCCAUUCUGACAUGUUGCCACAGAUAUUUUUUCAGUGGCAAGAUUUCCUUCAAAAAUGGGAAAAUAUUGCAUGAAUUGAAUAUUUUAGUGUUUAUAUAAAACUGCUAAUGAAUUCAAUUUGCUGGUUAUAAUGGUCCAUGUACGGAAUUCGCCAUAUUUACAUGUUCUUCUUAGAAUGCAUUUCUCAUUUUGAAAAUUGUUUGCUUUCUCUAAUUGUGAGAACUUUUUAAAAAUGUCACAAGUUGUUGAAGAAGGAAAAUGUGUUAUAAAAUGGCAAAUACCGAAUUUCAUCUGUUGCAUGAUAAUUAGCAGACUUAUAAAGCAUUGUUUUCAUUAAAUAACUUUCAGGAUUGGCAUAAAGAUUUAUAUCCAUGAUCCAAUCAGAUUUUAGUCACUCGCACAUUCAUAUAUUCAUUCAACAGCAUUAGGCCAUCAAGACACCAAGGGGGAAGAGAAACAAGGGGGUAUUUUGGAAGAAAACGUCAUCGAAGAUGAAGUAUCUGGUCCAUGCCCAGAUUGUCUUACCAAAAAUCAAGAGAUUGAUGAAUGA